AUGGCGACUGAAGCGGAGAGGUCAGCGGUGGACCAAGUUCCGGUCCCGCUGUCGACGGCUCCCAAGCCGAACCUUCCGCACGCUCUUCCCGCGUCCAGCGCGCCUGUUCUCGUCGCGCAGCCGCCGCCUGUGGUGCCGUCCCCCGUCCAUGCUGUCGCUGGGGGCCCUGCGCCGGGGACAGCGGUGGGCGCCGACCCCGACUCUGCCCACUUGGAGGCCCCUGCGGCUGCGCCGGCACAUCCCGUUGCGCAGCGGCUCGCGGAGUCACAGAUACGCGGUGCCGCGGGGGGCAAUGCGGCAGCGCAUCGGGGGCGAGGUUCCCCUCGCCGUCGCCCCUCGUCGUCGCAUCGGUCGGCGCACCGCGGAGGCCGCGGUGGCUGGUGGGGAGGUCACGGUCGCGGGCGCGGUGGGCAGAGCGAGAUGCAGCAGUUGCGCGAGGAUUUCCCGGGGAUGCUAGCUGCGGCGAUGCACAAUGCUCUGAAUGGCGCACCGAAUCUUGCAAGCUCCCAGGCUCCUGCCGCUCCUGCGCCCGCACCGGCGCUUGUGAAUGUGCAGGCUCCGGCCGCGCCCCUUGCUGCUCCUGCACCGCUCGCCUCGGCGUUCCCGCAGGUUCACACUCCUGGAGGUGAUCGUGCUCCCCCUGCCUUCGUGCAUCCUGUUUCUGCCGCGCCCUAUCCACCUCUGCCCUGGGUUCCCCCGCUCCCGGACACGGGAUUUGUGGGAGCGGGAGGCGGAGGGGCGAGAGGGGCCUUCGUCCCUCCGCGACGCUUUGCUGAUGCCCCGUCCAUGCAGCCUCCGCCCCCCCUUCCGGUUCCGCCUGUGGCACUGGCGACCGGAGUGGCUGAAGUUCCCACGGCGACACUUGCGCAGCUGUGGCGCCUGGUGGAGUGUCAGCGGGCCCUGACACUGAUUCUGGUGAAUUCGCAUUUUGCCAUUCUCCAGAGCCCAGGGAGCACUCUCGGUCGUGAGGCGCGAGCUGAUUGCCUGGCUGCGGCUGCGCAGCUUGCCUUCCUCCUCCUACCCGUGCUGGGAGCGCCCGCGAUGGGAGGCGUAGCGGUUUCAGAACUGGACGCAACGGUCCAGGGUCUGACCGCACACCUCCAAGCUGGUGGCGGGAUUGAAAUUGUCGGCGCGACCGCGUUAGUGGUCCAGCAGCUGUGGAGGACCAUGCCUGGUAUCCUCGCGGCGCUGGAUGCCCAUCUGAUGUAG